AUGUCAACAACUCCGAGAAAACAAUUCCCCCGACAACAUCACUCACCACCGCACAUCUAUGGAAUAUCGGCAAAUCAGUUCAACACAUCCAGUCCCAACAUCACAAUCAUGCUCCCCUCACCUUCCCGCCUCCACAACCACAACUUCAACACCACCACCAAACACCCAAGCGCAACACUCACAUCCUUCAGCCCCGAGCCCUCCCGCAUCAUUUUGCACUCCUGUCCCACCUUCCCAUCAUAUCAGAAACCCACAACAGCCCUUCUCCUCUCAUUCCCCCUCGCGCAAGAAAUUCACAAUAUGAUUCUUACAAGUCGCUGCAUUGAGGUCCUUGCACGCCGGCUCUUCCGCGGCGAUGUAAGUGAGGAAGAAGCUGCGCGGAAGAUGUCGAGUUUGGAGGAAAAGUAUGACGUGUUGAGAGAGGGUGUUGAAAACGAGCUGGAAGUAGCGUGGGUCGAGGCCGGGUUUCUACCCCCAACAGCACUGACGCCGCGGCUGUCGAGUAGUGCGAUGGUGAAGAAGGAUAAUAUGGAGGGUUUACGGGGAAGGUAUAUGGUUGAUAAGUCGUUGAAGAGGAAGGGGGAGGGGAGCGAGGGAAAGGCUGUGGGGAGGAAAGCGAGGAAGAGGAGAAAGGGUGGACAUGUUGGAGAGGCGACAGAGGUGGAAAUAGGGCGGGAUUGUGGUGAGGAUGAUGAAUGGCAGUACACGGAACCGUUAAACCCAAUUGGAGUACAGCAGGUUAUAAUUCCGUUGAAGGGUGCCCAGAAGAAGAGCAUGUAUGGGUGGAAUUGGAGGGAGGCUAAGAGGGUGGAAGAGAGAGGGGGAAUGGGGGGGCUGAGGGAGUGUGUUAGCCCGAUGGAUGAUCGCCAAGACGCGGAUCUCGAAACGGAGUUUGGCCAACUAUGGUUUAAGCGACGCCAGGAAUUGACACAAAAAUUGAGAGCGGAGCAAGAAGCGUACGAGGCCGCUGAGGUCGUCGCGAAAGAACGGAUGCUUCGAGGGCCAAUGGCUGGAGCGACCCGCAGAAUGUUGAGCGCCAAUAGUUCCUUGAGCCUGAACUAA